UCAAAAGUUAGAUGAAUAUAUAUUUACACAUUAAUUGAGCCUUUCUUCAAAUCAAUUCCAUAAAGUUUAGCUUUAGAUGGCUACUUUCAUGCAGGUAAGAAAUUCACUUCUCAUUAUUUCUCUGUAUUUUUGUGCAUUCGAACAUCAUAGUUUCAUGGUUUAUGGGGUUUAUUACUUGAUAUAAUUCCACAGCAGUGACCUUCAUAUCUGAGAAAUCCAACUCUUAAUGAGCCUAUGUUUCUUCACGUUUUUCUAAUUUUCUCUUUGCAUUUUAUUGGCAUCCUGUUUAAGAGAUGUAUGAAAAAUCAAUUGGAAUCGUAACAUUUUUCACUUUCAACACAACUUGUGCACUCGGUAGUAUAUAAAUAAAUAAAUUUAUGUUGCUAUAUAUGCCUUUUCAACUGUAUCACACGUGAGUGAUGCUCACUGAGAGCUUCUUCAGGUUGAAUUAACCUGGUAAACUCACACAUUCAGAAUUGUUAUGCCUUCAUACCGAAAUCGAUAAUCAUAUAAGACUGACUCUCCUGAAUUUUGUAAACUAUUUGCAUACCAUUUAAUUUUUCAAUAGAGAUUGUACUGUGUGAGUUUCAUAGAAUGUGAAAUUCGAAAAUGAGAAUUACACCAUAUCCCUUGCAUCUGUAAGCAAUUGUGAAGCACCGAAUAUUCAUGAUGCGAAGUAAGACACAAAGAUAAGUCGCUUUUGUUGGAAACUCAGCAUUUUGCAGGUUUGAAACCAUUGCAAACACCACGUCAUGAAAGUCUACUCAGUUUCGCUAGUGGCUCAAAUUCCUGAAGAAUGGAUCGAUUAUGCGCAAGUCGCUUGCUUAGUAAUGGCAUUGGCUCUUUGUAUAUUACAUUUUUUUAAAUUCAGAAGUAAUUUAAAACUUGCAUUAACGCUGAUAGCAAUUACGCUUGCACUAUGGUCUGCAAAUAUUUAUUUUACGUGUUGCAAUAUGCAUAAUAAUUCAGAAUGUUAUUUUUUAAUUGGCUUUAUCACUCUGGAAGACUUGUUGACAAUUAUCUUCUGCGUCCUUAUCAAAAGAUUAAAAAAAACAGUUGUGACAGUUUUGCUAUCAAUGUCGACAGCUUUUCUAAUAACUGGAGUAGUUUUGUUUUUCGUAGAUCGGAAUAAUCAUCUUUUGUCUGAAUUGGCUGGAGGCUUUUGGAACACUUCUGUAGCUAUUUUAGCUUUGCUUUACGCCAGCUUCUUGAAGUAACUUUAAUAUCAAUUGGCUGUCUCUCUCAUGUUAUCAUGCAAUUUCGACUGUUAAUCAAGUUUCACAUAAACACAUGUAGUCUGAUGUAUCUGAUUGGACAGUGCACAUUUCCAGUUUUCAAAGUCAUUUGAUAAAUAAAUAAAGUAAUUAACAGA